AUGAUGCACCUCAUUCUUUUCAUCAACACACUCUUCCGGAUCAUCCCCAGGUGCACAGCAGACCUGAACGUGGGCGGAGUGAAUGAACGACAAUCUGUUGGCUUUCAAUCUCAGGUGAAAAUAUUGGGAGGAGUGUCGCGUACGAAACUGCAGUACCCCGAUGGCUUGACGAUCGAUAGCUUUUCAACUUCUGAGCACAAUAUGACUAUCUCUAUCAACAACUCCCCCUUGGCCACCCCCUUGUUCGUCACAGCGAUCGAUCCCUCAACUUCAGCUCUGAGUGGAACGUGGUCAAAAUUGUCAAACUAUUCUUACACACUAAAUUUUGAAGUGGAAGAUCCAGAUGACCUUAUUAUGGAUAUUGCUGCUCGGAUUCAACUUAAUGGGAUUAGUGAUAUUACAGAGGAUAAUGUAUUUCUAGCAAAAUAUCACAAAGAAAGACAAGGUUGGGUAGUCGAUUUUGAACGAGCAACAUUCCAUCGAACUAAGAAUCAGAUAGGAUCUCUCGGUAUAAGUAAUCCUGCAGGAGAGUAUCUUGUUGUAGGGAGAUGUACCAAUGGAGCAUACAAUACUUUUUUACCUAUUAAUGAUGGUGUAUUCGAAGUGAUUGGUUCACCUGCUUCUGUUUCUCAAAACACUAUCUACCCUCUACAAAUCGGAACUUGGUCAGAUGGAACCCGAGUUAUGGUCAGAAGUCAAGAAGCACUUUCUAUUUCUGCAAGUCUUGCUGUGAUCUCUGAUGGAUUUCUACCAGUUGGCUAUCAAGCAGUCGGUACAUACGUUCACGUUCUUCAAACAAAGGUUGAAAAAGGCGAGGUUGAGCUUCGACUACAACUUCCAACGGUCAGGUCUCGACUUCUAAGUCAUCAAAUUCAUCCAAAUCAACUUCAUAUUUGUAAAAGAGAUCUUCAAGACUCAUCUGGACCAUGUCGGAUUGUCUCCCCCGCUGUUCCAGCCGGAACGGGAGCACUUAUGACAAAAGCUAUCAUAGGAGUUGAAGGCUAUUAUCUUCUUGUCACUCCAGAAUCACAAUCCAUGUUAGGUUAUCAAAACCAGAAUGGAACUCAGCGUGAAGGAAUCGAGUGCGAGAACGGUAACUCGACUACCGUCAAUGGUAGAAAGAUGUGUGGAUUGAUUGAGGGAGAAAGUAUGACAGGAAGUGAAGUUGAAGGUUAA